AUGGCGGAGCUGCCGGAGACCGCCGGAGCUCCGGCAACUCGCACCUUUGCUGAUAUUCUAUCUUCCACAACUAGCGACUUCUCUCUCCGACCACCGGAAAGAUACAAAGGAAUGCCAGCCGUCACCUUUUUUGAUGAAGAUAUUCAGGACUUCUCUAAGCGUUACAAGUUCGCCUUAGUUGGCAAAUUUCUGAAAGGUCGACCAUCCAUGUCAACUCUCAAAAAAGCUUUCGACCAGAUUGGCUUUGGAGGUACUUUCUCCCUCAGCCUGCUUGACAAUCGCCAUGUUCUCUUUAACUUCGACAAAGAGGAAGACUACCAGCGUUGCUGGUUACGCAAAGCCUGGUCCAUUCAGGGUUUCAUGAUGAGAAUGCUCAAAUGGACUCCGGACUUCCGACCAGAUGCAGAAUCACCAGUGGUGCCAGUUUGGAUCGCCUUCGAGGGCCUACCAGCACAUCUACAUGACAAGCGAGCUUUGUACUCUAUCGCUAACUUAAUCGGACCCCCGCUAAAGGUUGAUGCUUCAACUUUGUCGCACAAUCGCCUCUCUGUAGCACGAAUCUGCAUCGAACUAAAUGUGCUUGAGCCUAUUCCCAAACAACUCUGGAUUACCAAUGGAUCCUUAGGAGGAUUUUCUCAACCGGUGACCUACGAAUACAUUCCUCCAUACUGCGUGAACUGUCAUCAAUUCGGUCACCCCUCUACAGAGUGCCGCAGCCGCCCUCGUCCCUCUACACAAGUUGAAAAAACUCAGGUGACAGCAGAGCUAAAGCAGUCACAACCUAUCCGGCCAACGCAGAGGUGGCGCCCAAUUGAGAAGACAAGAACAGAACUCCCAACAACGGAACAACAAAAUAACAUGGCGACUCGUGAAAACAAUGAUCCUCCUUCUCAGGAAGAAGUGAUACCAGACAAAAACUCUAACCUUGGAAUUGAGCUGAUAGAUGAUCAUAGGGCUCAGCCUGAAACUAGCGAAAAAACUCUGCCAGGGCACUCUUCAGACGGAGAAGAUGAUCAAAAUUUUGAACUUACCCAACCACUUCUCCAAUCAUGGAUAGAUGAUAGUCACAAGAUUGCGAAAAAGAUGGCGAACCCAAAUUUGAAGGAUUUCAUCACUGUCACUCACAAGAAACGCAGACCCAGAAAAGACUACUCAACUCAAACACCUUCAGUUACAACUCGAUUGGCGUCGGGUAGCAUCACGAGAGUUUCCUUCUCUCACCGUUUAAAAUGA